UGCAGUUUGACUCCAUUCUCAACGCAACUCUAUUUUAUUUCGUUAAAAGCCUUAAUGGCACAACUCGAAUGUCGAAAACUCGGUAGUUUUCAAGAGUGCUCUCGUAGAAUGAUGAAUCACGCAUAUUACCCACUAGAUGGCGAACUUUAUUAUAAGCUAAAGUUGCUCAUCAGGUGGCAAAGAGAAGCUUGCCAAUUGAUCAUAUUUAAUUUAUUUAGACUGUUAUUCUUUUCUUUUGAUUAUGCUAUAAACGUUCCGCUCUUUCCCCCUUUAAUUAAACGUAUUUUUAUCACGUUAUUAUUGGUCCAUAACGGGAAAUCUGAACGGUGCCUUGAUUUACAACUUAGUAGCUAGUAUUAUCCUAAUAACGACUUUUCGUUUUGAUCUUAGGUAUGAAGCUAGCGACCUGAAGCCGUUGUUGCACAUUCACAACACCUUAAAAUUCAAGAGGACAAAUGGAUUCCUGCUUGUGCACUGACUUGUAAAUGGUUUAUUUUGCUAAAGAUUCGUCAGAACAUACCUACGCAUCUACGACGGAGUUUAUGUAUUGUUGACAUUUACCUCAACCAAAAACUAUCUCCUCUUUCCCAUUGGCUUGCGUGUUUUCGUGGAACACUGGAUCACGGUGGGAUUGGUCAUUGGUGUAAAUAUUACCUCUGCUAAAAGUAACGUGUGUUCUUAUUGGAUUCUAACUACGUCAUUGCCCUUAAAACAGCCCAAAAGUUAAUCGCGGCAUAAAGCCUGUAAAGUUGUGACUGGACAUUAGCCGACGUCUGUCCAGCCAGGAGCCGUUCAUGAUUGGAUGAACUUUGCACUCUGUGGCGGCAACAAAUGUGAAAUGGGCGGGAUUUCCGGCUGAAGUUUUGUGUAAAUCGGAAGUAGCUAUGGCAGAGUACGGGAAAGCAAGGGGGAGAACAAGCACGUUCAUCAAAACAACAGUGACAAUACAUGGACGAUAACAGUUUAAUAAAAAAACAAGAAACACACGUACGAAUAAUUGCAUUCACUCGAUCACUCCGAUUUUAAAGAACACACAAUACUGUGUAUGGAGAGAGCGUGACAGGACUGACGACGAGGUGUAGCUAGCUGGUUAACUUGGCUGGCUUCCUCGCCAGUUUUAGCUGACAUUAGCUGGUGGGGGUGUUGGUUACAUGGCUGGGAAAUCUGGCUUUCAGUGCGCAUCGAGCUACUGCGGAACAAUGCAUUGGAGUAAAUAGCAAGUUAAGUGAAUGUAGCCCGGCUGAAAUGGACAUGCCCAUCUUCCCCCUGUUACACAGGAUAUAAGCCAGAGCGCAGGAUCAGGCUUUUCCUGCAAAGGUGGCUCACAAAUGUGAAAUGGGCUGAAGAUUCGCAGCAGCGGCACGCAUGCUAAUAUGCUAGCGAAGUCCUGCAGACAUGGUUGCCGAUUUAAAAAUAAAAAAACAUCCAAAACCAUUCUGCGUUCUGGCUUAUUUUGGGGACAGCCUGUCUCCUGCCGUCUGCGCCUCCCCCUUCUUCAGCCAAGAUGGAUUCCCACGCCGGGGCGGAGCCGAGACCUGACGGCACGGCGUCCGGCGGCGGCGCUCCUGGCCCCGCCCCCAGCCCGCAGAGCGAGGCGGUGACCAAUGAGCUGCAGGAGCUGUCGCUCCAUCCCGCCCCCAACCUGCUGCCCAUCCGGGAGAGGAAGAACGUGCUGCAGCUGAAGCUCCAGCAGAGACGGACCCGGGAGGAGCUGGUGAACCAGGGAAUCAUGCCCCCGCUGAAGAGUCCAGCCGCCUUUCAUGAACAGAGGAAGAGUCUGGAGCGCGCUCGGACUGAAGACUACCUGAAGAGGAAGAUCAGAAGCAGGCCGGAGAGGUCGGAGUUGGUGAGGAUGCACAUAUUGGAAGAGACGUCAGCAGAGCCCUCCCUACAGGCUAAGCAGCUGCUGCUGAAACGCGCUCGUCUGGCGGACGACCUCAACGACAAGAUCUCUCACCGGCCCGGCCCCAUGGAACUGAUCCAUAAGAACAUCCUGCCGGUGCACAGCAGCCUUAAACAGGCGCUCAUAGAGACGGAUUUCCCCAAGGUGGCGGGGGAGAGCUCCUCGUUCGACGAGGACAGCAGCGACGCCCUCUCCCCGGACCAGCUGGCCGGUCACGACUCUCCCCUGGGCCCCGCCCCCCUGCCCUCGCCCCCAGACAUGCUCACCUGCAGCAGUAACCCCUCCCCCACGCAGUUUAUCACUCGGGCCCCGCCUCCACCACCUCCCGCCCCUCCUGUGCCCUCCCCGCAGAACCUGACCAAUGGCACGGUGGCUCCUGCAUUUUCUAGGCCCGCCCCCACGCUGAUUAAGUCCAAGUCCGCCUCUGACCGGCCGACUCAGCGCUCUAAGAAGCCCAAGGACAGCAAGCCCAAGGUGAAGAAGCUCAAGUACCACCAGUACAUCCCCCCCGACCAGAAGGUCGAGCGCGAGCCGCCCCCCCAGCUGGACUCCACCUACGCCAAAAUCCUGCACCAGCAGCAGCUCUUCCUGCAGCUGCAGAUCAUCAACCAGCAGCAGCAGCACUAUAACUACCACACCAUCCUGCCUGCCCCGCCUAAACCCCCUGCCGACCAGCAGCCUUCCUCCGGCCCCUCCCCAUCUCGGACCACUCCCGCCCCUACGUCGGCCUCCCCUGGUCAGAGUGGGCAAAGUCGACAGAUCCAUGCCCUUGCCAAGCCUGGCCCUUUGCCCCCUAACCUGGAUGACUUAAAGGUGGCGGAGCUGAAGCAGGAGCUGAAGCUGCGCGGGUUGCCCGUGUCCGGCACGAAGAACGACCUCAUCGAGCGGCUGAGGAACUUCCAGGAGCAGAACGGGGUCGCCACGGCGACGGGCCCCGCGCCAGGGGGCGGGGCCGCGAAAAACAACCCGCCGCAGCAGCAGCAGCUGGCCCAGCCCGCCGGCCCCUCCCCCGUUCUGGGAGGAGCCGCCGUCCUGCAGCCGUCGGGAGAAGGCAACAUGGUGCUGGCGGCCUUCCCGUUUGUGGCCACGGUCGGGGGAGGCGGAGCCCAGACUGCAGCUCCGCCCCCGGUGAUGCAGUUUGGCAGCACGAGCUCCUCCCCUCCGGCGUCUCCCGCCCUGUCCGACCGCUCAUUGGCCGGAACGAGCCCGGACGAGACGAGCUGUAACGGGGAUGCAUUUGAGAUGGUCUCCUCCCCCCUCACCCAGCUGAGCCUGCACCCCUCCCCGCAGCCCUCCGUCGCCACGGUGAAGGAGGAGAGCCCGGACGCGGCCUCUGCCUCCUGCCGCUUCUCCUCCCAGCAUGCCGUGCGGCGGGCGGGGUGCCCCCGGGAGGCGGGCGGGGCCGUGGACAAGGACCAGAUGCUGCAGGAGAAGGACGCGCAGAUCGAGGCGCUGACGCGCAUGCUGCGGCAGAAGCAGCGGCUCGUGGAGACCCUGCGCCUGCAGCUGGAGCGCGGCAAGCACCCCGACCGCCUGCGUGUCAAAGAGGAGCCCCGCGACGCCGCCGGGGACCCCCCCGCGGGCCCCCCCGCCUGCUGCCUCUCCCCCGACCUCCUGGACGGAGACACCAUCCGGGUGACCGUCAAGCAGGAGGAAGAGGAGGAGGAGGAGGAGGAGAUGAAGUGCGAGGACCAGCCCCCGGACCAGGCCCAGCUGUCUCGGGCCGCAGAGGCGGAGUCACAGCAGGAGGCGGAGUCGCAGCUGACCCUGCAGCAGCGGGAGGCGGAGUUGCAGCUGUCGCUGCAGCAGCGGGAGGCGGAGUCGCAGCUGCAGCGUCCGCAGCCGGCACAGCUGCAGCAGCUGCAGGAUCUGCUCUUGCAGCAGAGCCAGCAGAUGCACUCGGAACACCAGCUGCACAAGAAGAAGAAGUCACACAGGCAGCGGGAGAAGCAGGAAGCGCAGCUGCAGAGACUGGAAGCGCAGCAGCUGCAGAGACAGGAAGUGCAGCAGCAGAUACAGGAAGUGCAGAAGCAGCGGAGACAGGAAGUGCAGCAGCAGCAGAGACAGGAAGUGCAGCAGCAGCAGAGACAGGAAGCGCAGCUGCAGAAACAGGAAGCGCAGCUGAAACAGAAGCAGAACGCACAGCAGCUGUUACACUCGCAGCAGGUGUUCAUCAACCAGCAGAUGCAGACCCCUGCUUCGGUCCCCACCCCCUCCUUCCCAUUGGACCUGCUGAAGGGACAGACCACCCCUACCCUUUUGACGGACAGCAACGGUAACCACUUCCUGAUCGCGCUGACCAACCACAGUCCGGACGGCGGGGCCGGCAGGAGGGCAGAGCGCAAAGCGAGCGGCCAUGUCAAGCUGCAGAGACUGAAGUCCUCUCCCGCCAAGUCCUCCAGCCAGUCGCCGCCCCACCCUUCCGGCACCGAGAACCAAUCAGAGCCGCGGAUGCAGCCUGGUGGCCUCACCGACCAGCCAGUCAGAAAGGGACAGAGGGCGGGGCUACACGUGUCGACCAGCAGCUCGCAAGGGGCGGUUCCAUCUUUCUCUGCUCCGCCCAGUCUUCAGCCUUUCUUUUUGGGCGAUGACUCCGCCCCCAGUGGAAACCCCCUCUCGCCUUCUCCCCCUCAUAGUACGGAGGUGUGUUUGAGCCUCGACCAGCACGCACUGUUCAGUCCCCCCUCCCCAUCCCCCAAACAGACGUGCACCUCCACUCAACCUGGGAAGGAGAAUGGCUCUAGUCAGCACAUGGACGACCUGUUUGACAUCCUCAUUCAGAGUGGAGAGAUCUCAGCCAGCUUCAAAGGCGAGCCAGACCCCGCCCUCUCACGCCUCCGCCCCAACACCCCUCCCCCUUCGCCUGCCCAUUCCUCCAACCAGCUCUCACCCGCCCCCGCAACUUCCCAGCAGCCCCUGGGAGGAGAGCCUCAGCCGCCGUCCUCCGCAGAAGGUGACGGUAGUGCGGUGGGAAGCGGCCGCCUGGAGGACUUCCUGGAGAGCACCACUGGAAAACCGCUGCUGGGGGCUGAGCCCGGCGGGCCCUUGACUUUGAUUGACGACCUCCACAGCCAAAUGCUUAGCACCUCCAGUAUAUUGGACCAGCCCCCCUCCCCCAUGGACACCUGCGACCUGAGCUUCACCCCCCACCCUACAGGACUGGACUUUGGAGACCCCGCUCUGGACACCAUGGACUGGUUUGACAUGACCAUGGGCGGGGCCGGCAGUGGGGGGGCGGGCCUGGCACCUCUCAGCUCCCACACGCCCCCUAGUGUCUUUUCAGCAGACUUUUUGGACAGCUCUGACCUGCAGCUGCACUGGGAUUCCUGCUUAUAGCUGUGAGAUCUUUACCCACACCCCCUCCCCCUCCCCCCACCAAAAAAAAAAACAAAAAAAGCUCUUAAUUCUCUCUGUCUCCUCUCACAGUGAUACGCUCACUCCAUACACUGGUUCUCUCUCUGUCUCUCUCCCCCCCCCCACACUCUUAAAUGGACUCACACAGACAGGCAAUCAAAUUCUCACUUCUCUUUAGCAUCCAUUAAUCAGAAACUGUUCAGUCAGAAUCCUCUGCAUAUACAGACACAUUAUUAGCUCACUGCUAUCUCUCAGUCUGUAUGAUGCUGAGAAUCUGAAACUUGCCUUCAUGGCUACAGUAUCAACACCAUGACACCAGAGACCAGCCCUUAAUUCUAAACAGCCUCAACCAAAACCUUAACUGCACCCUGACCUGAGUAACACGCGUUAUUCAAAUACAUGCAACAAGGGUGCGCAAGUAUUUUUGUCUUCUGUUUGUGCAAAAGUCUGUUACACGCACACGCACGCACGUGCACACAUGCAGGGUCCGAAACGUGAGCAGGGCACCUGUACAUGAUCUGCAGUAGGAGGAGCGACUCUAAGUAGGAGGGUGUCUCUAAGAGUGCCACUUGCUGGAGCUAUAUUCUGCUGAAAUCUAGCUUCACACAGAGGAGUGAGGAUGUGUACAUAUCACUAGGGCGACAACGAUGAUGCAUUCAGGGUAUAUUUUUGCGCUUGCUCUCCCUCCCCCCCCCCCCCCCCCCCCCCCAACGUUUGCACUGACUGACCAAUGGCGGGGUUGGGGUGGGGUGGGGUAGGGGUCACUGUAGGAGUCAUUGUAGAGAACCUUCUCUGAAUACGCACUUAAGCUGGCCUGUCUUUUCUUCUGGUGUCAGUAAAGCACCCAAUGAAAUGGACUCUUCUUUGGUUUAUUACCCGACCAUACUGCAUUGCUGUAUUUGGUAUACAUAAACUAUUCAUUUUACCUGCUUUGGAAUGUUGGUAAUAUG